ACUCGCUUCAGUCAGAAGAUAAAACACGGUGGCGAGACAUAAAGAGGAAGAAGUCGAUGCUUUAAGGGAUUUUCUGGAUUUCCAGGCUGGUUUUGAUGGCCUAUUUUCAUGAACUCUGCUGGACAAGCUUGAAACUCAUUUUUUGUUGAGUCUAUCGGAGAUUAAACCACUACGAAAUAAAAGGAUUAAGCCGUGGACCUGCACGGUUUUUCCACAAAACCCAAUCUCCAGGAAGUCAAACUAUAAAGGAAUUAUUUGCAAAAUCAGAAACUUCUGCCCUGUGGAUACUGGUUUGCACAGAUUCAAAGCAGCGACAAUGCCUGUGAUUGUUCUGGAGGCCCGAGACUUCACCAGUCCGCUAUUUUGGGUGCGAACAUUGGAAGUUCUCUCAAGCUGCACGGCCUUCAGUCUUGUGGCUUCACUGGAACAGAAGAGCCUGAACAUUUCAUCGGAUUGCGACACAUUCAGAAUCUUCUGUAUGUUUACCUGGUGUUUCUUCUUUGUGGUUACUCUCCUUAUACACAUCAUCAACAUCAUCCAGUUCCACAGCCUCAUCCCGAUAUCGUGGAAGAACCUGACCAUGACGGUGGCUCUAUUAGGAAUGCUGAUGAGCCUCAGCUCCUCCACGGUUUUUCCCUGGAUAGUGAUGGAUCAUAACGCUGUGUCUGCACGUGCUUUGGCCGCUGCUGUGGCAUCCGGUCUCACCUUCCUGGCCUACGCCUCUGAGUCCUGUGUUCUUCGCACCCAAGCACACGAACAAAGAGGCUACAUAAGCAGCUUGCCUGGUUUUCUUAAGAUUAUCCAACUGUGGGGGGGUCUUCACAUGAUACCUCUGAUGGUAUUAAUUUCCAAAUUAGACGAUGGAGGACACUGGCAGCUUUGGGCAUCAUGCUUCUCUUAUGGCAUUUGUGUCUUCAUAUCUCUGGUCACCCUGGCGGUGAUAUUGGGUGACUUUGCAGGCCGAUGCCUACUGCCUUUUGACAGAUUUUUGGCUGCCUUCAGUCUGAUCGGGGUGCUCCUCUACAUGUUGGCCACGGUGAUUUGUUUGACCAAGAUCCUGCAGCUCAGCGAGGCAGAAUCCAAAGUAAAGAAUGCAAAUCUGGUCAUCAUCGAAACAGUGGUUUCCAGCAUCACACUGUUAGCGUACACGGUGGACCUUGCCUUCUCCAUAAAACUGUUAUGUGACAGGAGUCACAUGUGAGGCGGGCUGUGGAGUUUUUGGCCUAUUCUCUACAAAAACUCAAAGCAAAUCAAACUGAUUCAGGUUUUUGCUCUUAAUCAUCGCUGUCAUGUCAAACUGUCUUUCUAAACUCAGGUCUUGAUUUAGGGUCGGCGUGCCGCUGGCAGUGUUUUCUCCUCCUUCGGUGGUACUUGGGAGACUCUUUAGUAUUAACUAUUUACACGUUGAAAAGUACAGGCUAAACAAAUGCUUUCACUCUGGUGAAAACAGUGUUAUUUUUGGUUUAGUUUUCUUCAAGGACCUUUUUAUCCUUACAAAGACAGGACGUAAACUCGUGAAGAAUGACUAACUUGACUGGAAGAAAAUGUGUAGAUGACAACUUUUAUAGUCAACUGACUGCCUUUAAAAUCUAUCUUCUGACACUGUCAAAUCUGGAAGAAAAUCCUGAA